AUGCAGUACCAGGGCCCUGAUGUCCCAGGUGAUCGGGAUCACCUCCCGGAGGAGGACAUGAAAAUACCUAGCAACACGGCCCGUGCCGACCAACAGGUUUCGACGUCUACUCAAACGAUCCACCAGGGAAACCCACCUCUGUCGCUUCUUCUCUCACCCCCACUUACUUCACCGUUGAUACCUCUGGAAACAAUGGAUUCCAGUCCCCUCCAGGAAUACAGCACAGCACUGUCACCAGGUCCCAGUUUCACCAGCAUGAAUGGAUCAUCUCAUGUAUAUGACCCCAACCGCGGAGCAGAGCUCAGGAGUGCUGCAGACUGCGCCAACCCAUACCGGGAUAGACUGGAACGAACUGAUCAUGCACCAACACAAGAACGGGCUCGCAGCAGAAGUCCUCGCCGCCCGACCCAACUCACUGACCAUCCUGGCUCCCGAGAACUACCACAAAGUCCGUUUAUGGGAUUCAAUCACUAUCCUCGGGAGAUGUAUGUCCCACCCGGAAUCAAUGACCUGAUGCCUCAAAGUCUACCUAGCUCCUCCCCAACACUAUCUCCGAGCAACAUUCAGCGUGGUCGUCAUGGUGGUGCUCUAGACUAUACAGGAGACUCUACUGGACAAACUUACCUUCUCGAUAACGGCAACUUGUAUGAAUACCACCACGGCAAGGAGCAACAAGUGCAGGGAUGUGGCCCGGGACCCGGCCGAGAACUGGCCAACAAUCAAGGGGAGGGUACCAAGGACACCAAUGAAAACAACGAGGAUCACUUAUGUGAAUUUGCUGCCCCAUGCCGCAUGCAUCCCUCGCCCGAUGGAAUGCACUACCGAAAGGUUGUGUCGCAUGUGUUUGGCAGAAACAAGGCUGUUACCAAGCUGUUCCCACUCGGAGUCUGGGUCCAUUAUUGCCGAAAGCACUAUCAGCGUGCCCGGUAUCGUGCAGACCAAUGGCCGUUUACGCAAUGUGACCUCCUGUUAGAAUCCCUGAGCCGAAUGGAGAACUGGGAUGGAGUGGAGAGUUUCGAACUCAUCCUCCGCCGCCGAGAACAAAUGCGCGUCGGCCGUGAAACCGAAGGCGCACCCACCAACGAGAUCCCCAGCCAGAAGGAGAAGACUCCCUCUACCAGCCAAGCCCAAGACCAAGACCAGUCUUCUGGCAUCGUUCCUCGAGGUCCAGGCCGUAAGCAUCCGACUGCCAUCAUCGCCCCGGUCCCGGACUGGCUUCGCCAACAUGUCGGUCACGGCAAGACAUUUCGAGAAAUCCGCCAGAUAAUCGAACUUGUGCGUGACCACAUGGUCAGGCUGCGAAACCAGGAAAGAGCUCAACAACAACAGCUCAAUCACAUUCCCAAGUCACCGAGUGCACUAGGAAGCCCUCAUCGGGGUGCGCCCUCUCACGGCCGAAAGGGACGUGUCGCCAAACCCACAAACCGGGAUCCCCUACGCGUGCGUGCCAGCACUGUUCGUUUCCCCGAUGUUGAAAUCCUCCCUCAUUUCAAGCCGUGGGUCAAGGAGGCUGCUCUACGGCAGCGAUCGGCCACUAACUAUCCCAUGAAUGAAGGGGAUAGCAAAGGCUAUGAGUCGGAACAGAUAAUUUCUGGAGGGGGGCAUAUCAUUGGAGAAGUACAGGAUACCCGUGACACCAAUGCUCGGACCGAAUCAACUCAUCCGACAAACGGUGAUUCUGCGAGUAAUAACACAACUCCGCGCUGUGAUGACCAAAGCUCCGAGUCCAUUGAGAUUACUGGGGCCAAUCUCUCACUAAUGCAACCUCACAUCGGUAGGGCUGGGACAAACCGUGGCCAGUCUGAGAGCCAGCGACGACGUAGCGAACGGGUCUAUAUUAAGGCCAUAGACCGUGUUCCUGGGCAGGCUUCUAUCAAGAAACACGGCAAGGAUGGUGAUAAAUAG